AUGCCAUCCACGGGCCAGAACAACAACAACCCACAAGGCGUCCACUUUGUGGGCUCCCUGCCCUUGCCCACGACACGCGACGUGUUCAAACUCCUCGGCUCCACGAUGGCGUCACACAUAGGACGGAUGCCCGACGGCGAGCCCGCGUCGCGGGGCCUCUUCGUGGCAUUCCAGCGCGAGCUCUUCCUGCCGUACCCGCAGCUGAUCAACACGCGGCACAACCCGACGCCCACAUCGGGCCAGCCGCUCCCCAACGUCGACGAGGUGACGCGGUAUUUGGAGACGCUGGAGACGGGCUACGACGCGGCGGCGAUCGAGUCGUACGCGACCUUUGCCGAGAUGCGAGCCGCAGGCGUGAUCCCACCCGGCGGCGUCAAGUUCCAGGUCUGCAUCGCGACGCCCCUGAACACGAUCACCGCGACCAUCUCGCAGAACUAUAAGGCCUACGUCGAGCCGCACUACACGGCGGCGCUGGUCCGGUCGCUCGAAAGGAUCCAGGCCGAGAUCCCGCACGCCGAUCUGGCCGUGCAGAUCGACUGCGCGCACGAGUUCGCCGUGCUGGAAGAAGUGUGGACCCGGAUGGACGGCAUGGAGCGGUCGAAGCCGUGGUGGUGCGAUGUCGACAGCAACCACCACCACCCUGCAGACGGAGAGGAGGAGGAGGAGGAGGAGGACCUGCACGAGACCAUCUUCCGCGGCGUGGUCGACCGCAUCGUCUCCUUCGCCGGCGGCUCCCACAUCGCCGGGGACGUCGAGCUCGGCCUGCACCUCUGCUACGGCGACUUCGGGCACAAGCACUUCAUCGAGCCGACCGACAUGGGCAUGAUGGUGCGGGUCGCCUUGGCCGUCCUGCCCCGCCUCGCCCGCCGCCUCGACUACAUCCACAUGCCGGUGCCCAAGGAGCGCGACGACGCGGCGUACUUUGCGCCCCUCCGAAAGUUGCUCCCGCUGCUGCGCGAGGGAGGCACGGUCUUGUACCUCGGACUGGUCCGUGAGAAUGACGAGGCCGGCACGAAGCGGCGCAUCGAGACGGCGCGCAAGGUCAUCGAUGGCCUUGGAGAACAAGACCGUAACGGCGGCGGCGGCGGCGGUGGAAACAUCACAUGGGGCAUCGCGACCGAGUGCGGCAUGGGGAGAAUGAAACCCGAGGACGUGCCGGGGACGUUGGAGAUGAUGAAGAAACUCGCGAGGCCGAUUCGUUAG